UGACCAUGCAGGCUUUCCUUCAUUCGCAUACGAUGAACCUUGAGAGAAUAUCAACAGCACACGAUGAUAGUGGCUGGGACACGGCGACACUGGCGUCUGUGGCGCCGAUAGCGCCGGUGGUGCCAGUGGCCAGACCCAGGCGUUCGCCUGCCACUCUGCGCGCGUUUGGAAACCGGCCGCUGCCAUCGAGCCCCGAGGUGUACCGAAACAUUAAGGGGUUCCGUGGAUUUUUGCGCUGGGUCAAGGAUUUAUCACGCGAGGCCAAGGCCGAUACGGAUAUGACAGGUGAACCUGGCCGACGCCCCAUGUUUCGUUUUUUCCAGCCGUGAGAAAGUCAGUGUUUAAAUGUACCAACAGAGUUGAGGCCUCAAUAACUGCAUAUAUUGUCAUGACAGACCGACAUGCAGCCCUGGAAAACAGAAGGACCAGUUUAUGCUAUGGCAUGGGACACCAAAGCUGUGCAGGCAUGUCAAUUUUGAUAAUGAGACACUACGAGCACCGCGCGUUGGCCUUCCUGAAGGUUUCGCAGUGAGCAUAGAUCUUGUGCGACAAGGAAACCAGGGCAGCAAGCUGUGGUUGGUGUGACCAUGUCUCCGCCUCGAUGUCUCCAUUGACUCAGUGCUGGAGCUAUUUUUGUUGUCAGUUGAUAUCACGUCGCCAGUAGGCACGCAUCCCAUCAAUAGUCUAACCAAG